AUGUCCUCUGUCAUACUAGACAGUGAAGCAUCAUUCCGUGAAAGAUGCAGUAAAAUAGGCCUCAGCAACGAUCUUCUGAGUCGUUUGAUUGAUGCUGGAUACAACACAUUUGGAAAACUGGCUUUCGCCGCAUCGGCGACGCCGCAGGGCCUAACAGACGAAGCUGUCGAUGCGUGGCUAGCCACCGUAGUCACCCCGGCACCCAGCUCCUUUCAGGUCUCGGUGAUUCGUAGGCUGCUUUUCGAGUCGCAAUCACUCAAUGUGGCGGACCUCAAAUCUAGGGUCGAAGGCACGCCGGAAGGCUCAGUGCGACGCCUGCCCCAAGCCGAGAGAAAGGAGCGCAUUGAGGCGCAGCAUCGUAGGCUGUCGGGUCUCAUUCUAACUUCUCAUACCACCCCGGCCCAUAGCUGUAUCGACCUUGUGACUGACAUGUACGAGAAUAAUACACUCAAGUACAUUCCGAUCAACAGAUGGAUAUCCCGCUUCCAAGAGAUGUCUCUCCAGAAGAAGGAUUCUGCCGUUCAGAUGGACAACGAGGGCAACCUAAAGGUGAUUCAGAAGAAGCCGGAGCCGACGUGCGACACCACAGGCAUGUACCCUCUCCGGCAGGCUUUUCAGAGACGGUCACUAGCAUUUGAUCUGGGUCACUUGUGCAGCUUUGAAGCUAUGGAAACUUGGAUCAACAAGCUCUUCGAAGCAGUUCAGCGUACUGUGCCGAAGGGAUAUGUGGCAGUUAGCUUGGGGCAAGUUGUUACGGCAGAUCGUGAGCUUUUUGUCCGGUUGGCCGACAUGCUUGAAGGACAAUUGCAGAAACCCAUAGGUGUUGAGAAACCCAUGGAUGCAGCUUUGCGCGAUCUAUCGGGUAGCCAGGAGAUAACUCAGUUUCUUCAGCCGCUUGUAGCUCCUCCUGCACCUCACCCAACGAAGCGCCCUUUCAAGGAGCUUGCCACGCCUAACAAAGGUGACGGAAAGGGCAAGACAUCCACCAAGGGCGGUGAAAAGGGCGGUGGCAAGGCACCCCGUGUAACCAUUCCGGAUGGCUGCGCGGCCAAAGAUCAUCAGGGCAGGCCGAAUUGUUUUGGGUUUAACUUGGGCACAUGCAAGCUCAAGGCUUUCACCAGUGUUGGCGAUGUUUUGGGGAUCACCCCUUUUCAGAAUGCACAAAUCAGGUACAGUGAUGGGGCCAUGCGAGGCCCCAGGGGCCUGAUCGUGGCCACUUCGGACUCUGCCCCUAGUGAUGCUGAAGCCCUCGCGCAGGCCAUUUUGGCCAGAGGGUCAGGGAUUACUAAGCGAGAUGUUGUUCAGAUUUUCGAUCUUUUGCCCAAGGAGAUUCCUUCUAGAGGAGCCUCCUCGCAGCCUCCUAGCAGAACAGCCGCCUGUGAAAUCAGACUCCUGGGUUACGAGCUUUUCGCUGGCAGUGCCCGUUUCAGCAAGGCAAUCUUUUGGGAUCUCAUCAAGGAGUGCCCUCCUUUUCACAUGCAUGCAUCGCCCCCUGCGGGUCUGCCGUCAUUGAGUGCCGGGUCUCAGCAGAGCCUUGCGGUGCGUAAAGACAACGUCCUGUACCGUUUCGUCUACAAGCUUUUCCUUCAUUGUUCUGCUUCGGGCAUCAAUGUCAGCGUUGAGAAUCCUCGGACUUCGUUGUUCUGGAAGGUUCUUCAAUGCUUUGCUGAGGCCGAGGGCUUGCUUUGGCCUCCCGCUGCCUUGGAAUACGUUGAUUUCGACCAGUGCUUGUUCACCUCGCUUCGAGCUACUUGCCCAGGCAAUCACACACACCGCCCGUGGGGCCUCGUGUUCCAUGAGCGUUCUAUGCAGCUGUCAUCUUCUCUUGUGUCGGCUUACCCAGUUCUGCUUUGCAAGCGUAUGGCCUCCUGUCUGGAGAGCGCGGCUUCUUUCAUGGGUUUGUCUUUGCAAGCAUCUCCUGACUUGGCAGCCAGCUCCGUUGCUGUUCUUGGUCGGCAGCAUCGCCGCUUCCCUCCUUUGAUUCCUGAGUUCCGCAAGGUCACGUGGGAGCCGCCCUCUUUCCAGCCUGACGAUUCUUGUCGCAUCCUUCUCUCUCAGGUUGCUGGGGAGGAUAGCGGGAGAGAGAAGGCAGCCGAAGACAGCCAUGCAGUUGACAAUGGCUCGGUCAAGGUGGGGUGGUACUUGUCAAUGCAGGAUCAUGUUGCGAAGGCCUUGACGCUAAAGCAUCCCGUCGACACUGCCGUAGCCCUUGACCAGGAUCAGCUCGAUGCAAUCAGCUUCUGCAUGAAAAACACUGAGAAAGAGGUGGUCGAUCAUCGAAAGCUUCAACUUCUGAAAAUAAAGAUCCUUGCCAAAAAGUUCGAGGCCGACGAGGCUCGAUUACAUUCUUCGUUCGACCCUUGGUUCGAAAAGGUUGUGGCGGGAAAGCGUCUUCUUCUGUGGAAGCAUCUUCUUGAGCAGAACGGUUUUGACGACAUGCAAGCAGCCGACCUUCAAGAGUUGCUGUCGAAGGCUACUAUGGACGAAGUCGAUCUGGGUUUCCUGGAAGGCCCUUACACCGAAAGCCAAGUGUCUUCUUUCUUUCACUCAGACGAUUGGAGCUGCAUACGAAGGUUCCUAAUCCUUCAAGGAGCCGAGAACAAACCUAGACCCAUUGAUGACGGGCACGAGGCUUUGAUCAACAACUGCUUUACGGCCACCAUCAAGUUGGAGCUCCAGAGUUCCGACUUCGUUGCAGCCGAGAGAUCACGCGCCACGGGCGAGCCCCCUCGGUCGUGGUUGGGCAAGUGCCUUGACUUGUCGAAGGCGUACAAGCAGAUGCCAAUGAAGAAGGAGCACCGCUCUCUUGCUGUGAUCUACCACAAAGGCCCUUCUGGCGAGGAUCAAUUCUUCAUUGCAAAUUCGCUGCUCUUCGGUCUUACUGCUUCGGUUUAUGGGUUCGUGCGUACGAGCAGAAGCCUUCACAAACUGCUGCUGAAGAUAUUCAAGCUGCCCAGCUCAGUGUACUUUGAUGACUACCCGAUGUUUUCGACAUCGCUUUCUUCCAGUGACACUGAUGGCAUCAUCAGCGAAUUCUUAGACAUUCUGGGCUGGGGCCACGCCAAGACAGGCAGCAAAUCACAUCCUUUCGCGGAGGUUUUCUCCGUCUUGGGAAUGCAGAUUGACUUGAGCAACUUGUCGAAGAGAAGCAUCGUCCUCUCGAACAAACCUGGCAGGAUCGUUCGGAUCGUGGAGAAGCUUGAAUCUGUGGCUGCUUCUGGUUUCCUUACGGUUCAUCAGGCUCAGAUUUUGCUGGGCUUGCUCAACUUUUCAUCUGGUUUCUUUGCCGGUCGUGCCCUCAAGCACUCGUGCAAAUGGCUAUCUGGCUUUCUAGCUGGAGACAGGCCUUCGCCAAAGACCGUCAGCGAGAUGUGCAAGCACACGAUCAAAAUUCUUGUGAGCACGCCGCCCCGCUUCAUAAGUUGCGAUUCGACCGGAGAGCCUCCUAUCCUGGUGUGGACUGAUGGAGCUUGGGAGCCUGCCAAAGCCUUCGCCGGGAUCGGUGCAGUGAUUCUUGAUGCGAGCAGCGGCGUUUCCAGAGUUUUCCAAGGACAGGUCCCUGAGCGCCUAGUGGUUCGCUGGCGAGAGGAGGUCGGGGAGCAAAUCAUCUGUGAGGUAGAGCUGUAUGCCCUCUUGAUGAUCAGGGCCUGCCUUCAGAAUUUUCUUUCAGGAAAGAGAAUCAUAUUCUUCAUUGACAACGAUGCCGCUAGAUCUGUGGUAUUGCGUGGUCAAAGCAGAAGUGACGCGAUGCAUCGCUUGGCCCUGGCCUUGUCUAUGGUCGAGGCCGUCGCCCCUUGCAUCUCGUGGAUAGAGAGGGUGCCAUCCUCUUCGAACAUCGCCGACUGGCCCUCCAGGGGCGAAGGUUGGAAAGCGCAGAAGGUCGUUCGUGCGGCAGAGGUAGAGCCUUACUUUGUUGACCAAUCUUUGAUUGACGCCUACCUGCUCUGA